AUAGAUUUAAACCGAAACGCUAAAAACAUAAGAAAGUUGGGAAACCUACGGAGAAAAGGAAAGCGAUCGAGAAAGACGAAAUUUGAUCAUCGGAGUUCGACAGUUGGAGCAGUUCCGGGAACGAAGAUGGCGUUGGCAGCUUUCGGGCAGCUAAACCUCGACGAACCUCCUCCGAUGUGGGGAUCUCGCAGCGUUGAUUGUUUUGAGAAGCUCGAACAAAUCGGUGAAGGCACUUACGGUCAAGUUUACAAGGCUAAAGAAAUCAAAACUGGUGAAAUUGUGGCUCUCAAAAAGAUCCGUAUGGACAAUGAAAGAGAAGGGUUUCCUAUAACAGCCAUCAGGGAGAUAAAGAUCCUGAAGAAGCUUCAUCAUGAAAAUGUCAUUCAGCUGAAAGAGAUUGUGACUUCACCAGGUCGAGACAGGGAUGACCAAGGAAAGCCAGAUAAUAACAAAUACAAGGGUGGCAUCUACAUGGUUUUUGAGUACAUGGAUCAUGAUUUGACUGGACUAGCUGAUCGUCCUGGACUGAGAUUUACUGUUCCUCAAAUUAAGGAGGCUUUAUCUGGGGUUUCAAUAGCUUAUCAUGAAUGCCUGAAUGGUAUAUACGCAGUUAUGUAUACGUUAUUGAUAAACUCAAAAAAAUAUGUGCUGUCUCCUACAUUGUUUCAGCAAGAACAAUUGAACAAGAUAUUUGAGCUUUGUGGAUCACCUGAUGAAAACAUUUGGCCCGGGGUUUCCAAGAUGCCUUGGUACAACAAUUUCAAGCCUGCACGGCCCUUGAAGAGGCGUGUAAGAGAGUUCUUCAGACACUUUGAUCGGCAUGCUCUUGAAUUACUGGAGAAAAUGUUGGUGCUUGAUCCAUCACAGAGAAUAUCGGCAAAGGAUGCUCUUGAUGCCGAGUACUUUUGGACUGAUCCGCUGCCAUGUGACCCAAAGAGUCUGCCCACAUAUGAAUCAUCACAUGAGUUCCAGACAAAGAAAAAGCGGCAACAGCAGCGCCAAAACGAGGAAGCAGCAAAAAGACAGAAAGUGCAGCAUCCACCGCAGCAGCACUCUCGCUUACCCCCAUUACAACAUGGUGGACAGUCUCAUGCUGCUCCACAUUGGCCUGCCGGUCCCAACCAUCCCACUAACAACGCACCACCACAAGUACCUGCUGGACCCAGCCACCACUUCUAUGGGAAGCCGCGUGGUCCACCUGGUCCAAACCGCUACCCUCCUAGCGGAAACCAGAGCGGGGGUUAUAAUCAAAGUCGAGGAGGUUACAGCAGUGGAUCAUAUCCUCCACAAGGACGGGGAGCUCCUUAUGUGGCUGGUCCUAGAGGGCCUAGUGGUGGCGCGUACGGGGUUGGACCACCUAACUACACACAAGGUGGUCAAUAUGGUGGCUCUGGUAGCUCUGGAAGAGGGCAGAACCCGAGAAACCAGCAAUACGGAUGGCAACAGUAAAGAGCUCUAAUGAUUUGUUGAUCUGAUAUCCUACUCUUACAUUUAAUGUGAUACUAGUAAUAAUAGAUUAAUUUGAGA